UCCAGCCAGAGAUUUGUGUGCAUGCAGCCAGCCGGAGAGAAGGAGCUGCAAUUCCCCGGAUCGGUGAUCAGGACCAUGAUGGACCCCCUCAGUCUCUGAAUGCACCAUCUACAAGGGGGAGCGCGGUGCUGAGGAGGGACACUUGUGGGUGAUUGGGGGGCUUUGUUUUCUCCUAUCGGGGACCCGUUCCGGCUGCCAAGACGCCUCGUGCAGUGCUCCGAGUGAAAAAUGGGGCGUCCAAGCUCCCGAAGCCCCCCUCUGACCCCGGGGGAGCCCCGGGCAUGUUUAUGGAGAGGUCACAGAGCCGGCUUAGCCUGUCUGCAUCGUUCGAGGCUCUGGCUAUCUAUUUUCCCUGCAUGAACUCUUUCGAUGAAGACGACGGGGAAGAUGGACGGAAACUUAAAGGUGCUAUUCAGCGGAGUACAGAGACUGGGCUUGCUGUUGAGAUGCCUAGUCGGACGGUACGCCAAGCAAGCCAUGAGUCUAUAGAGGAUAGUAUGAACAGCUAUGGAUCUGAAGGAAACUUGAACUACAGUGGAAUGUGCCUAGCAUCUGAUGGUCAGUUUGGUGAUUUCCUUUCUGGUAUGGGCCCUGCUCAAUUUGUUGGCCGGCAAACACUAGCAACCACAUCAAUGGGGGAUGUUGAAGUUGGGCUGUUGGACAGAAAUGGACAACUUGAAGUGGAAAUUAUUCAAGCUCGAGGUCUAACAGCUAAGGCUGGUUCGAAAACACCACCAGCUGCCUACAUAAAAGUUUAUCUGCUAGAGAACGGUCUGUGCGUCGCUAAGAAGAAAACAAAAAUUGCUCGGAAAUCAUUAGAUCCAUUAUACAAUCAAGUGCUUGUAUUUUCUGAGAGUCCACAAGGAAAAGUAUUACAGGUAAUGGUUUGGGGAAAUUAUGGACGGAUGGAGCGAAAGCAUUUCAUGGGAGUGGCAAGAAUACUUCUAGAAGAGUUGGAUUUAUCAAGCAUGGUUAUCGGCUGGUACAAGUUAUUCCCGACCUCUUCAAUGGUUGAUCCAUCAACAGGUCCACUUCUCCGUCAAGCUUCACAACUUUCUUUGGAAAGCACUGUGGGACCAUGCUGUGAGAGAUCUUAACUAUUACAGAAUAGGACCUUUUGACUUUUUUGUAACCGUUGCUAAGGCUUUGUUUGGAUAUCUGACUUCAAACAUCUUGCAUGUUUGACCAGUUUUCUGGAACCUGAGCUCAACCAAACAACCUUUGAAAAGGAGAAAGGGUGGUUUCUUUCGAUGUAUGAAAGUAACCUUGGGUGACUAUCCUGGGUCUACAAUCGUACAAAUACCUCUAUUCUCACUUUGUUUGAUGUCUCGUUUAUUCCUAAACUGAGAGUGAAAAUUGUUCAAAGUUGCAGUAUCUUUUAAUCUACAAAAAGGUAUUUUCAUAACUUUGGAUUGAGAACUUUUUAACAUUCCUAGAACAACAUAUAUGGACAUGAUAAAUGACUAUACAUUAGAAAGAACUGCAACUUAUCUUGGGAAUAAUAUUUUAUUUAUGUGUAACACUAUAUCUUUGUGCUUUUAAAACUGUGCCAAUCUACCAGGAAGUGUCUUUUACUACUUGGCCAAUGCAGUUGAUGAUUCAUUUGGGAAUGAAAUAUAUAAAUGAAUUAGAGUAGGUAAUGAAAUAGAUAGUAUUAAUUUGAUCAGGGAAGCACUUUAUUUUUAAAGUGCUGUUGACCAAUAUAAAUUUAAGCCAUUGUAUACCAGCAUCUAGUUUCAUUACAUAGUUCAUUGCAUACAAACUAUGUACAUUUUGCGCAUGUGUUUCGUACUAUGAGACAAAUUCUAUUUGAAAAUUCAUAUGCUUUAAAUUCUCCGUUACCAUAAUAGAAAGCGCUUGAAAUAAUAAAGUUCACUUUAAUGGUAAAUUAUUUAGGAGGACAGUGAUGCCAGUGUUAGGAUAGCUAAAUUAGUUCAAAAAAAUAAUUAGAGUAUUCAAAAAUAUAAAUUUGUCAAAAUGUGAUAUCAGUAAUGAGGUAGCAAAAUAUGUAUGAUAUAGCAUAUAUGUUAAAGUUACCCUGAUAAAGCCUCGCCUCACAGAGGUAAAUAGCGCACAGUAUGGUAAGAAUGCUUUAUAUACCAUCAUUUUGAAAAAGGCAAAAAAAUUGCUUAUUGAGCAAAAAAUAUGUAGAGUAUAGAAACUAUUCUGAGAUGUUUUGCUGCUGUUUUUAAAUGAUCCCAAAACCAAAAUAGUGAUGGUUUAUGAGAAAAUGUUUAUAUUAUAUAAGUGUACAUAGAUUUCAGAACAUAUGUCUUUAGACAUAUUGUCAGUUUGCGCAUUUUGUCAUGCAUUUGAACACUUUAGCAACCAUAUGCGUAAAAUCUGGUUCGUUUAGCAUGUUUUAUUGUAUAUGUGGUGGAGGAUUACGCCUUUUAAUUCCACUCACGUUUACUUGUAUAUAUGUUAUGUUCGCAAAUAUUUUAAAUGUAGCCUUGCAUAAAAAAUGAUUUAUUGUUGAAAUAAGAGGAACUGUGAGCUAUAGAUAUCACAAAAUCAUCGAUGAGUUAUUUCAAUUACCAAUAUAGCCAUAUUUUAACAAUUUUUUAUAUUAUAUAUUUUUUAAAUUGCAUUUAAAACAAAAAUGUACUUCCACUUGACUCAUCUUGUGCUAGCAAAUCUGUUUUGACCCUUCAGUUUAGAAUAGGGUGUUCUAGUUCAUAUAUGAAGAAUGAGAGAGACCUAUUGACUCAGAUAUGUAAAUGGUCUUCAGUCUGUUUAACUAAUUCACGUUACCAGACGUGGGUAGAAAUCAUAAAUAAUACUAUUUUUUUUUUGUUGUGUGUUUAUAGUUUAAUUGUUUGGAAGGAUGACUAGCCUACCUAAAAGUGUAGUUGUUUCUUACAGCUUUUAUUAAUUGCCAAAUUGCCAAAGCUGCCAAUUUACUACUGAAUAAUAACUUGUCAACAGCAACAAAAUUGUCUCUGCAAACAGACUGAAUGAUAAUUAUUGUUUUUAAUUUCCUACUAUUUUUAUAUUUUCCUGUUGCCAUCCUCUCUAAACACUAAUGUCUUAGUCAUUUUAAAAGACAAAAGGAGGAUGAAAAUUGAAUACUGAACAAUAGUUAUAGACAAGAAUCUUUGGCUUAUCAGUUUUGGUAUAAUAAUAUGGAGCUUUUGUAUGCUUAAUUGACUAGAAGUGCCAAAUUUGUAAUUUUAGUUUUUAAUGCUAGAAACUCUCAGCCAUUUUGCAUUUUGGUGUUCUUAUUAUUAUAUUGAUAAGUCAACAUAUAAUGAUUUUUAUAUAAAACCCUAUUCAUCACACAAUGGGCGUUAAGUUGCUAAAAGAGUAGUGAAUGUUAACUUGGCAAACUGAAUAUUUAAUAGAUGUAUUGCUCACUUCAAUCCUCCAAAUUAUUUGCCAAAUAUAUUAUUUGUCAAAAAUCCUGCCUUUUUAAUUUGUACAUGAUUGGGUAUUUAAAGUGAACACAGCUUCCCUAUGUUCACUAAGUAAAUCUUAACUUUGCUAAGUAAACCGUCUCUACUUCCUCAGUAAAGAAACCCUGAUUAUUUUCUGUAGUAAAGUUACAGUAAAUAAAAAUGAUUUAGUAGAAAAUAAACUUUGAUUUAGUUACAGAUACAUUU